UUCUGUGUCAUCUGGGCUAUGACAGACGUAUGCAUGUGCACAGCCUCCAUAUGGCAUAUGUGUACCAUGUCCAUGGAUCGCUACUUCACUCUCCGCUAUCCAAUGAAAUAUGGACGCAACAAGACCAAGAAAAUGGUGGCACUGAAAAUCUGCAGUGUCUGGAUUAUUUCACUGGCGAUAUCGAGCCCGAUAGCUAUCUCAGGAUUCACGGAUUAUUCAAAUGUUUUCAAUAAUGGUGUCUGUGUUCCUACCAUGACUAAUUUCAUUAUUUAUGGAUCUCUCUUUGCCUUUUACAUCCCUCUUCUUAUCAUGAUUGUGACAUACGUUUUGACGCUGCUGAUUUUGUAUCGCAAUCAGAAACACAUGCACAACUCUAAAAUGAGGCACAGUAAAAGUGACAGUUUCCGCUCAUCUAUAGGAUCAAAUGUUGGUCAGACGGCGACUAUAAUGCAGUGUCAAUUGUCUGGGAUACAGGAGGAACCUAUCUCUAUUGAGAAACAAAAAUCAUCAGAAGCUCGCACACAGCGAAUUUCUCACCAAUCAACUAGCAGCAGUGUUAGCAGUAUAAGCAGUGAUGGCGGCAACAGUCGAAAGUUUUCAGUGGAAGAUUUGGAAACUGGUGUUAUUAACAGGGCCUCUUCUUGCACUAUGCUCACAUCAAGAGGGACAUCAAGUGAUACACCACCGCGGCCGCGCUCUCAGACUGUUAGCAUGAACCCUUUACAAAAUUUGACAAAAAAUGCCUUCCUAUCCCUGUUGGUUACUAUGGGAACCCCACUGGAGCUAAAACCAAAAGAGGAUCUCGUCGACAUUAAGGCUCACUCGUUUUCUUCUAUGGUGGCUGAUACCAUAGAGAGACUGUCAUCAUCGCACCAAGGUAGUAACUGGAGUCAAAACGACUGCAAAAAUCUGGAGGAAAGGCAGCCAUUUUGUCGCCCUGACUCAAAAACGGGACCUUUCCUACAUAUAAAUUCACCACCUGGGAGUAGAAGUAGUUCAAUCUCUAGUGCAGAAUGCAAGGAAUAUAAUGCUGCUAAUGACGAUGAUGGGAGUAUGGAAUAUGAUGAACAUCAUCUGUAUGAUAACAAUAACAAAGAGAGACAAUUACCUGGUAAUUACAAUGCUGUACAAAAUAAAAAGCAGCACAGGUCUGCCAUUAACUGUGAACAAGACUGCCAUUCCUUCAGUAAUAAUAACCAGGUAAAACACCAUAUUCAUGAUGGUAUAAAUCCAAACAGUAACCUGGAGUUGAAAAGUCCUAGUUUUCCAAUUGAAGAUGUUAUAAAUACUUCACAAAACAAUGUUCAAUCUACCAGCUCUCACGCUUCCACUACAUCUGUUCACUCAGGAGCUAGUGACAAUCUUCAUGUUUCUUCAUCUUCUAAUAUUUAUUCUGGAAUUAAAGUUUUAAGACAAGAGUUUCCAAAUAAUUGCUUUGUGGAGCAAAGGGAUACCCCUAGCAAUGGCUAUGUUCCAUCUGAUCCCCCAAGCAAUGGUUAUGUUCCUUCAGACCCACCUAGUAACGGCCAUGCCCAUUCUUUUCUGACUAACGGCAGCGCUCCAAACUCUGUGCAAGAGACAGACAUAUUGCAUUCUGACCACGAGGAAAACUCAGAUCAUUCAACAAAGAUUUCAAAACCAAACACAAAUAAAAAGAAAUCUAGAUUUUGGGAAAUCCUUGCUACCAGAUUUCGGGAUUACAAAACGAGAGUUUCAGAAAAUCAAAUCAACAAUGGACAAGACAAUACUACUCCCACAGUUACAGUGCCAAAGGAGAAUCAGAACUUAUUGAUGCCUCCUGGUCCUCUGGAGGCUGUCACCACAAGUGGUGCCCAUCUGCAGGUAGGUGGCACCACCACAAUCAACAACGCCAGCAGGAAUUCCUCCGUUGUGUUCCAGGCUCACAGCGAUAUUAACCACAGUAGUUCCAGUAACGGGGUUGUCAUACACCCUGACGAGCCACAGCCACCUAAUGUGCCAACCAAAAAAUUUGGCACCUGUUGUGAACCCGUACAAACGCUUUGUCAGACAGGUCUUGAUUUCGUGCACCGCUGUCGUCUCAGUUGUGCAGCAGCUAAAACUGUGGACAAAAAGAUAUCACUAGAAAGCCUACGAAGGAAUAACAAACUGUCGCGCCACAGAGCAAGCAACGAGAAGAAAGCAUCCAAGGUGCUUGGGAUCAUCUUUGCCAUUUUUGUGAUCUUGUGGGCACCUUUUUUUGUCUUGAAUGUCCUAUCUGUCACCUGUACUCCAUGCAUGGCAGAAACAACUGAGGACACGUUUACCGUCUUUGUUUGGCUGGGUUACGUGGCCUCACUGGCCAACCCCAUCAUCUAUACCAUGUUUAAUACUUCAUUUCGGAGGGCUUUUAUUCGUAUUUUGACUUGUAAGAAAACUCACCGUCAUCAUCAUCAUUACCACUACGGCAGGACACUUGCUGCGGAGCACAGAGUGAGACACAGAUCCAUGAGUCUGAGGGAAUAAUUACCCUUCUUAACAUUUACUUAUUGUAAACCCAUGGUUCAUAAAAGAUGGAGUAUUGUUGGUAAAAUGACAGGGAUGCUUUCCUCCAUUCUUCAGUGCACUGAUUAUUUAAUCUAUUUCAUGGUACUUUGCACAGCAUCGACCAUUAUAAAGUCACAUGAAGGAACAUUAGGUCAAUGAAGGUACAUACGUGGAUACAUAGUUGUACCUUUGAACUCUUAAGUUAAUUUCUCUUGAUGUCAAAGUGGCAGAUUUGUUGUUUAAUGCCAACUCCUGACUAACUGAAAAAUAUAUUUUAUUUUGUUGAUAAAAGGUUUUGUGCAACCUCUUGUAAAACUUUUUUCUCUGCAUCAAACUGUUUCACCAUUUCAAUUUAAAGAUGGCCAAAGGAUGCACAUUUGUUUCAAAUGACCAGUUUUUCAUACUGAUGGUGCUUUUUGCCAAGAAUUCUUAGCUGCUUCACAAUUUAGCAGAGUUUAUGUACAGCCAAUUUAAUUGGCUCUUGAUAAGAACGGAAAAACUGUCACUGUGAAUACCAAGGUUAA